UCCAUCCUCACGAGCAGCUCGCACCACCUUUGUCACCUUCACCCGUUCACUGGCUGAGUUCUGCAAGCGGCGCCGUCACCCGUCAGCUAGCCAUGGCCGCCGCACGGACGUACGUCGAUUUCGUUCCGUCGCACGACCUCCUUGAGGACAACCGCAAGCACACUCUCGUCGUCAACCUCCCAGGGUUCAAGAAGGAGCACCUGAGGGUGCAGAUCGACAACUACGGCCUGCUGAGGGUCAGCGGCGAGCGGCCGCUCGAGGGCGGCCAGUGGAGCCGCUUCCGCAAGGAGUUCCAGGUCCCCGAGGGCUGCGACGCCGGCGGCAUCCGCGCCAGGUUCGACAAGGACGGCGUCCUCCACCUCACCAUGCCCAGGCUCACGCCCCUGGAGCUCGAUCCAAAGGCAGCGGCGGACGCCGCCGCCGGCGCAGAAGCUGCGCAGCACGCCGCCGCUGCUGCAGAAGAGAAGAAGCGGCAGGAGGAGAUGGAGAAGGAGGACGCGAGGAAGCGUCAUGCGGGUGAGGUGGACGACUACGCCAGCGACGACGGCGAAGGCGCACGCCAGGCGGCGUCUGCCGGCCGGCAGGCGUACGGCUUCGCCCGGGACCGGAGCAGGAGCGGGAUGGUGAGGGCACUCCUCCUCGCCGUGGCGGUGGCCUUGGUUGGCGUUGCUGGCCUGUAUGCUCGGUACAGGUGGAUGGAUCCGUCGGCUGAGACGGCGCCGGCAGAUGGUGCCAUCUUUGGCCUCUCUGACCAUUGAUCACAAACACCGUUCACAUAAGAUCAUUCGAGAAAAACAGUGACGAAGAUACGGGACGAGAAGAGCCCUCGUCUGAAAAUACUUGUGAAUAUAUAUGGUCUUUAUAGAA